AUGUCUUCAUCACAUCCCUACAUUACAGUCCGAUAUAUCAAGGCUUCAUCGUCAUCAUCGGAAUCAUUCUCUCAAGACAAGGACCAACACGUGAUUGAGGCUCAAUUUCCUCUUAUUGAAAUUAAACCUCACAAAAUUCCUUCAUCAUUUAAAUCCAACAAAAAGGUCCGAACCGAACCAAUUCCAUCAGUAGAAGAAGCAACUACAAGCAAUAACGUUCAUUCUUAUGAGGAUCUUAUAGCCCAUGGAAAUACAACACCAAGCAAAGAGCAACAACAAGAACAGAAGAAUUCUCUCACCUCUCGGAAAUACAAAGUAGACAUUAAAGCCAUUGCCGAUUACUUUAAUUUGGAAGAUGCAGACUGCAUUCUACAAAAGGACUGUGGUCGUAUGUGUAUGCUGAUGGAUCAUACGGUAGUUCCAUACGCUUCGUACAUUGUCAGCGGAACCAUGAGAUCAACAACAGUUGCGGAUGAGUUGCAAUCCUCAGGCCAAUGA